AUUACAAAAACAUAAUUAAAUUCAACCUUUUUAAUUUGACCAAAUCGCCUUUGAGCUAAUUAAAAAAAAUUGAACUGUCAAACAGUGUGUUCCAAUAAUGGGUUGUAAAUUAUCACAACUCGCAGCGUCGGAGUUCACAGGCGACCCCAUGGCGCGUCCUCCGCCGACCGCCGACCCUAGGUCGCCUCUGUCUGCUAAACAGCAGUACUGCAUGCUGGCGUCCUGGAAAGGAAUAUAUAGACAAAUCGAGAAAACCGGCAUCAUUUUAUUUGUCAAAUUGUUCCAAGAGAACGAAGAGCUACUACAUCUGUUUGAGGACUUCCGUCACUUAGAGACUGUAGAGGCACAGGUGAGCUCAACAGAGCUGGCUGAACAUGCGACCAAGGUCAUGCACACACUAGACGAUGGUAUUAAGGGCCUGGGCGAUAUGGACUCCUUCUUUGCUUACGUCCAACAUGUUGGGAGCACGCAUACGCAAGUCCCUGGCUUUGUUGCUGAUAAUUUUAUGAAAAUCGAAAAGCCGUUCCUAGACGCAGCUAAGACAACUCUAGGUGAUAGAUAUACACCAAACAUUGAGAAUAUUUAUAAAAUCACAAUAAGAUUUAUCCUAGAAAACCUGGUCAAGGGAUUCGAAGAAGCUAAAAAAGAGAAAGAAAACGGAACAAGCCAUACAUGAAGUGUGUUAUUGAACGUUAAAAUAUGAAUAAGGAAACUGAAGUGUCAUGCCCAAUUAAGAAAUGACAAGAGCACGCAUACGUUGCACUAAACUAUCGCACAACUGUUUAGUCGGGCAUUAAUUUCUACGUGCUUAUAUGGAGGUGCUUACGCUACUCGAUA